AUGGGAGACGGGGUGGUCAGGCUCGAGUUGGAGGGCAGUGCAGAUGGUCAGCAGGUGGUCAUUGAUGCAUCAGGAGUAGGUAUUGGACAGGAAGGCCAAGAUGAAGUUGCCAGCAGAGCUGGGGUAGACCACAAGAGCAAGGGAAGCCAGAUAUAA